AUGGCAGGAACCGGGAAGUUUGGUAUUGCCAAGUCCAUAAUACAGGAUCUAUCGUUCUCUGAUUCUCAGCAUCAGCAUAGCCGCAAGCCUCACAACACGGCACUUGUUCUGAGCUACUUCUUCCAGCCAGGACACACUUCUAGUAAUCUGGCCCAAGGACUUUUGUCACAGCUCGUUCAAGCCCAACCAAGCUUGUUCACCUUCUGCAAAGAUUUGGGGGGUCUCUUUAAUAGUAGGAAUGAAGCACGUCUCUGGAAGAUUCUCAGCUCCUCCUUGACGUAUUUAGCUCAUGAUGAUGUUUACUUUGUCAUUAAUGCUCUGCACGAGUAUUCUGGCGACGUUCCCGAGCUCUUUGGCAGGAUAGAGGCGUUGAUCUCGAUCAACGAUCGUAACAAUUGCAAAGUUCUCUUAAGUAGCCGGCCCUCAGCUCUAGAGAACCGGAUCGAAAGCAAUUGUGAAAUAGUUUACCUCGAUUCCCCCGAUGAGCGGCGUGCCGUAAAUUCGGACAUUGGGGAUCAUGUCCCAGUCGUCCCGGUGGACUUGACGACGUCGCAGACUCUGAUGAUACCAAUGGAGAAAUCAUAA